GAAGCGCACACACUUUCUCGUAGCUUCUGCUAUUAUUUAAAUUCAGUUUCACCCUCCUGUUCUUUCCUCUUUCCUUUCCAAGAUGGAGGAAUCCAGAAAACCCACGCCCACAGUGGGAAACACCAACCCGUACCAGUGGGAGAUGCAACUUCUCGCUCAAGAAUUUAAUGAGCGCGAAGCCAAUUUCAGAGGCAGUAACAAUGACUCGGCAGAUCAAGCAAGUCUACAAGAACACAAUAUUGCUGUCGCGGAAUUGGAAGAUCGAAAGCGUCGUGAUAAGGCCGCUCUUGAUGCAGAUCAGAAUUUGGAAAUCGAUGUUGUCAACAAGAAAUAUGUGGAAAAGUCGCAAGCGCUCGAGGCAGAUUACACCAAGAAGCGAGAAGAUCUGGAAGUUGAAUUGUUCAAGAAGAGCGGUAAAUCUUAUAAGAGACUCCAAGAACUACAUGCCAAGAAUCUUUUGCGAAGUCAAGAGUUUGAGAGAAAAGCCAAAGAUAUCUUGCAGAGAAUGUCCAAGAGCUUGAAAGAAGAAAAUACCAUUUCCACAUUGGAUUCCAAUCUUGCACUCUCUGUCACAGCCACUGGCGUCGCCGUCGAUACCCCACCUACCAGUUCCGUUGGUGAAUCAACGAUUCCUGUAGGUCAAAUUGAGAGAUUGAUUCAGGAUCAAUAUCUUCCGGCAAGCACAGAUGAUGAUGAGUCACUUUUCGUGGAUUCUCCAGUAUUUGAACCCAGAGUUUCUCCACCGAUGAGAGCUUCACUGGCUUCUUAUCCUCUGAAUGCAAACCUUCAGUUCAGACCAUCUCCAAAUGAUGAUCACUUGAUUAAGCGUCAAAAGACUAAGGACUUGUCAUCUACCUUGAUCAAGAGCAACACAGCUCUUUCCAUGAAUGAUGCGUCGAAGGUUCAAGAUCCUUUGAGCAUUUAUGUUCCAACACAACUCCUCAAUGUGGCCUCUGACAAGCCUUGUGGUUCCAAUACUAAGUCCUGCUUCCCCUCUACGAAGACCGCAGACCAAGAUUGCAACCCUAGCAAGGAGAACGAAACAAACUCCCAAAAUUGCUCUGUGUCACCAAUUUCAGUUUCUACUAGACUUCAACCGGCUUAUGCACAGGGAGCUUUGGUCAAUAGCCCCACUCUCGAUGAGUUCAGCGACAUUCCUCCUGCUUUUGCGCAGGUUGCACGUCGAAGUCACUCGUCGUUACAAAUCAGUAGUCCUCUCAUUAGUGCCCCACGAAAGACAUUUUUCAGCGCUGGACCCACCGACAAUGCCUCGAACAUGGAAGAGAAACAACGCGCCGAUUACCGCAAAGGACAAAAGAUCACUCCCCUGAAACGAAAGGUAUCUGACACCAAUUUGAGCGGUUUAUACGAUGAUAUAGAGAUCUCGAAGACUAGAGCCCCGACUCAGAUUCGGCAAAAGCCUGAGGAAAUGUCUAGAGUUCGAGAAGUACGCAGAAGCGCAACCAAUCCUUCAAGUGCCAGCGGUGCAGAUAGGGACCGUGGUACCCAAAAUCCCCAAUUUGUUUGGAAUGAAACUAUCAGGGAGCCAACUCCAAGCGUGACCGGUGCAUUUCAAUCUAUGAAUGCAGAGCCAGCACGCAUGACAAGCCAUGCCCAUCGACCUAGUAAUGCAGAGGCAAUUCGAUCAACGGUCUUGACUCCAAGACAUAGCAAUGUAGGCACAUCACGAAGAACAACCAGUGGCACUAGAUCCGUCAGCUCAGAGCCGUUUCGACCAGUAGCUAUUACCCACAAGCCUAGUAUUGCAGAGACUCGACUAUCCUUCGCUUUCAUUCCUAUUGAGUACAUUUCUUAUGAUGCUGGCGCCCCCACCCGCUGCUACCCUGUUACCUGGGCUGGCACGAAAGGUAUUCACAACUCUAGACAACAAGUCAGCCAUAACUAUAGACUACAAAUGAUGCACACGAAAAAUGGAUUCUUGCACCCCUAUGAUGGCGCUGAUGACAAAUCCUCACAGUAUCCCAAGUUGGUGGUCGAUAAUUCUUGGGUUCUUGGUGGCUUCUAUCACAGAGAGUUGGGCAACUGCAGAAUCGAGAUUUAUAGGCCGAGAUCGAAGAAGGAGUAUAGGGUGGAAUCUGAGGAAUCUUUAGACCCUGCCGAUAUUCAAAGCGCGAGGUUGAGAAUUGAAUUUGCCAAGAAAGGAGAACUUGAUCACUUUCUUCAGUGGUACAAACAGAUGCACCCUGAUGCUGAAAUUCGUCCUAAUAAUCUCCUUGGCUCCCUCAGAGGAUUCCAUAACGAGAGGGGCGAGUCCGACCGGACAUUGAGAAGAGAGAUUGAGAACAGAGCUCAGAGAUUGACACUUGUCGCACCUGUUGCACUCAUGACUUAGACUUGAUCGAUCGAUUUCAUUAAUUUUCCCCGACAGAGAUGCAAAAAUACAACAAAAGCCGCCAAAAAAAUGUACGAUUAUAAUGAAGUAAAUGUCUGAAUCGCUAACACAUUAUCUACCGAGAGAAAUUUACCUUGUGUAUCACCAAGCGGAAGCGCACCAUCAGCGAGAAAAAAACACGAAAAAACAGCAUAUCAAAAAAAGACAGCUUGACGAAUAACAAAUACCUGACACCUACGAAUGAUGAAUAUUAUGAGCUUACGAUGUAUGACAUAGAACAUGACAUUCAAGGUAAAGCAGCGGAGCAUUUUGUAAGAUUACAUACAUGAGAAAUAUUGGGAGAAUGACGGAGAUUUGUCCUCAAUAUUUAUCACAAUGUUGGAGACCGAUUUUUGCCUUGGUGAACAAAAAUGGCAAUAUUGAUGCAGAGGGCUAUGAUAACAAUCAUCUUGCACUGGCAGAAAGUUUGCUAUUUCAGAGGGCUGGAGAAAGUUGACGAUGAGUUGUAGAAAAUGGUUGAAAAGGAGAGAAAAAAGAGGAGAGGUAAAGAGAGAACA